CACCACCACCAUCAUCAUCAUCAUCAUCCUCAGCAGCAGCACCACGCCUACAACAGCACCGCUGCAGCUUCAGUCCCCGCCCCCGCCUCCUCCUCAGCCAACCCGGCCCCCGUCUCCGUGCCCACCCAGAUCCCCGCUCCGGUCUCCCCGUCGGCGCCGGCUCCGCCCCCGCCGCCGCCCCCGAUCCCGCCCCGAGACCCGCCGCGGGCCCACAGCCGGCUGACCCGGGCGCCCUCCACCAGCACCGGGACCAACACCAACUUCGUGGAGAAGGAGAAGGAGCGUCUGGAACGCCUGCACAGAACCAACGCCUCCAACAACCACCACGCCCACACGCUCCACCACAAACCGUCUUAUUCCUCCUCCUCCACCUGUUCUACUACCACCACCUCUUGUCGUACCUUCAACAACCCUACUAGCAUCACCACUCCUUCCUCCACCACCUCCUCCUCCUCCUCCUCCUCUCUCUACUCCUCCAGCCUACCUCCUAACAGCCACGCCACCUACCAUCAGUACUGCUGCCCCGCGCGCCUCCGCCUGCCCAAGCCUCCCUGCGCCCUGCCCCCCGCCAAGCACCACGAGCAGGCAAGGUAAGGGAUAGAGUCCCCCCCCCACUGCAGACCUCCUUCCACACCUGCCUCACCUGCUUCUUCCAGCUCUGCCUCCACCCACCCUGCUGCCCCCGCAGCCUUCCCUGAACCACAUCCAGGAGCAGGGAGGAGAAAGUGAAAACAAGUCUCUUCUUGUCGUAACAG